CUGCAAAUAAGAUAGACAAUCUAUUCAGCCUCAUGACGGCGUAUCAAUGAAACAUCUGAGAGGUACAUACAUUUCCUGAGAAAUAUACAAGUACAACCUCGACUAGGAAUGGAUUCCACCUCAGAGGAGAUUGUCUCUUCACCCAAAUUUCGCAUUAUCACAACCCUGAAAUAUAUCUUAUUCAAUCAAGCCGACUUGGACCCUCCUCAAAAUGAUGUCAAAGACUGGCAAAACCAACAUGAAACCAAUCUCGCACUCCAUGCACAGCGACUACAGAAAUCAGCAGAGGCGUUUGGAUGGAACGACCUGGCUACCCACAUUCAGCAGGGUGGCCCAUCACUCUUAGAACAGUAUCUGCUCCAAGCAGCCCAGAAUCAAUCCAAGAAUGACCCAUCACUCGAUCCAGAGGCAGGAUCCUUUCGCAUGUUUCGAACCAGACUCGAGAUCUCAAAUACAGGCUCAAUCACCGUUACAAUUACAGCCAUGACGCCUGCUUCUCAACCUAUCUCUCUCCUACCGCAUGAGACCUCCGUCUUCAACCCUCCUCCCAGCCAGUCCCCACCUCCAAUAGUCUCUGAUCCAUCGCCCGAGUCUCUUUGUCAGCUCGGCGUCGACACUCAAGCCACCGCCUCCACGCUUUUUACAAACCAUAAAACUUCCUAUCGAGCCCCUUACGACACGGCUCGCUCACGGUCACAAUCUCCUCAAUUGACACCGACCACACCACCCACCAAGGCCGAAGUUCUGCUCUUCAAUCCCCAGCGCGAGAUCACAGAAGCGAGUUUCUCCACCGUCUAUUUCUUUCGUGGAGGACAGUGGAUCACCCCUCAUGCGACCUGUGGUGGGAACCUGGGUGUCACAAGACGAAGGGCUUUGAAGGGGGGCUUUUGUGUUGAAGGAGUGGUGACACUCCCUUCUUCAGGGGCAGGUCCGUUACAAUCGAAAAAGCAGAGUGAGGAAACCUUUGGUGGAGGCCAGCCAUGGCAGAUCCAACAUGGUGAAAUUGUCUGGUUGAGCAAUGCUGUGCGGGGGUUCUUUAAAGCUCGGGUCGCUUUGAUUUGAGGCCAUGCAAGCGAAUAUACUUGCAUUUCUAUGGGGAUGGGUAACCAUACUCUAGAACUUCGCAGAUUGUCUCGACGUGAUAAUCCUCCAACUAAAUCUUAUUGGACUAUUGCCAUAAUAACUCUCAUUCUUCAUUUGUCCGGUCUACAAAAUU